GGCUCGGAGCGCGGCCCCAGCACUCGCCGCGGGAAGCCGGCUGCAGCCCAGGGCCGGGCGGACGGUGCGUCAGCAUCUCCCGUUCAAAAUGCCCGAGCAAAGCAAUGACUACCGGGUGGUGGUGUUUGGAGCUGGCGGCGUGGGCAAGAGCUCCCUGGUUCUGCGCUUUGUGAAGGGGACGUUCCGGGACACCUACAUCCCCACCAUUGAGGACACCUACCGGCAGGUCAUCAGCUGCGACAAGAGCGUCUGCACCCUGCAGAUCACUGACACCACGGGUAGCCACCAGUUCCCGGCCAUGCAGCGCCUCUCCAUCUCCAAAGGCCACGCCUUCAUCCUGGUCUUCUCCGUCACCAGCAAGCAGUCCCUGGAGGAGCUGAAGCCCAUCUACCAGCAGAUCCUGCAGAUCAAGGGCAGCGUGGACACCAUCCCCAUCAUGCUGGUGGGUAACAAGUGUGAUGAGACCCAGCGGGAGGUGGAGACCAAGGAAGGGGAGGCCGUGGCCAAGGAGUGGAAGUGCGCCUUCAUGGAGACCUCGGCUAAGAUGAACUACAACGUCAAGGAGCUCUUCCAGGAGCUGCUCAACCUGGAGAAGAGGAGGAACAUGAGCCUCAACAUCGACGGCAAGCGAUCCAACAAGCAGAAGAGGACAGAUAAAAUCAAGGGAAAAUGCAGCCUUAUGUAAAGCACCGAACUGUCCCUCGUCUCUUCUCCGCCCUACAAGUUAAACAUCGGCGUUGCCCUCCCGUCUCCCCCACUCCUCCCUCUCACUGCAUCUUAUCACUGUGACUGCUCUGGGGACCGUUUUCCUUUCCGAUUCCACGCUCGGUACAUUCCCCUCCCCUGGCGACGAGGGCCAUGAUCUCACUCUCUGGAAGGGGAAUAUGCAAUACCAGGGGCUGGGGCUGGAUCGCACACGUGCAUUUGGGUUUCGUUUGUU